AUGUUUUACCUGAUGCAUUGUGGGAAGGCUCUGUAUAACAACCUGCUGUGGAGAAACUGGACGCCUCAGACGUUGCCAAAAAUGAUUAUAAUUGGCAACAGUUUUCGUGGCAUUCAAGAGAGGAUGCUUUAGACAGAGUUUGAUAGAGACUACAGCUUCCUUUCAAAUGUGAUAAGUGUGUGUGACGAGACGUCUUUGCCCUGCUCACCGCGAUUCCUGGACAUGUUCAAUGACACAGCACUCAUUCAGUUCUCACUGGAAAAUCUGAAUAAACUCCCAGAAUGCAUGUGGAUUGAGCCUUCAGAGCCACUGUACCAACACUGCCAAGAUCUGGAGAUCAUCCAGAGAGAGAAAAGGAGCUAAAAA